AUGGAACCGAAGAAUGUGAACGACAACCGGCACAAGACGGACAAAAAAUGGAGAAUGAAGUCUGUGAAGGUGUAGCCAACACGUCAGAAGGGGGAAGUGACGGGAAGAUUUCAGAAACGGAAAAUGAGACGGGGGAUCUGGAAGAAAUCCCAGGUGCUGAAGUAGUAGCUGAUCCAAAUGAGCAUGCUUCCAAUGAAGCUGAGAUUCAGAAUGACUCAGAAAUCUUGGAUGUUGGUGAGACCAACACUUCAGGAUCCGAAAAUGAAGAAAACACUUCACAAAAUAAAAUGGAGGAUCUGGAAGAAAUCCCAGUUGCUGAGAAAGUUGCUGAUCUAAUUGAGCAUGCUUCCGAUGAAGCUGAGAAUGAUAAUGGCUCAGACAUCCCCGACAUGGGUGAGACCAACACUCCAGGAGGCGGUAGUGAAGAAAACACUUUGAAAAAUAAAUUAGAGGAUCUGGAAGAAAUUCCAGUUGCUGAUCCAAUUGAGCAUGCUUUCGAUGGAGCUGAGAAUGAUAAUGGUUCAGACAUUCCUGAUAUUGGUACUGCAGGAGACCAUGCUCUCGAGAAGGAUGAGGAUAAUCAAGAAAUUGAGAGAUUGUCCCAAACUGAAAAAAUAACAAGUACCCAGAAGCAGGAUUCGAAUAAAAACGGAGCACAUGUUAGAGUACAAACGAACAUGCAUCCCAUCAAACUGACUCCUGGAAAGAAAAUAUACGUGCACCAUGUAACGGUGAACUAUGUGUUCAGAAAAAAAGACCGCUCACAUGCUUCUUUCAAAUUGUCCAGUUCAAGGAGAAGGUCAGCAGAAUACAACAGGACAGUUUUUCGUCACAACGGAUAUGAAAUCCAGCCUAUUCCAUCCUGAUUUCCAACCACUUUCCGAGCUGAUAAUGUCGUAUAACCUCUAUUAUCAUGGAAUAAAAUGCAAUUCCAGAGAUGGAAAGAAGCUGUCACAAGCAUUCAAAGGACUGAACAUCUCUGUCAACUAUGGCAAAAAUAAAAAUCUACAGGAAGAUGCAGUGAUGUUUAAGAUAAAGGGGUUUUCACAUUCUUCAAGAGAACAAAGAUUUGUGAACGAAGGAGUCGAAAUUACUGUGGAGUCUUAUUUUAGAAGAAAAUUCGGAAUUCAUCUAAGAUAUCCGGAACUUAUGACAGUUGUGGCUGAAGGAAGAACAUCUUUGCUCUACUUUCCACCGGAAUUGAUGUUGUGUAGUCCAUCGCAGAAGGUGAACAGAUAGAAUGAUUAACAACGAAGGAAAGGAUCUUGUCAAGAUGGCAUCUGCAUCUCCAUUCAUUCGCCAUGAUGUAACAGAAAGACUUGUUGAAGAAGUCGGAUUGAAAUCGAAUUACUUCAACGAUUUUAUCACUGUCGGAGAAUCCGUUGAAGUCGAUGGAAUUGUGCUUCCAACUCCGCGUAUUUUCUUCCGAGAUGGACAAGAAACUUCCUUGAAUAACCAAUCCUUCAGAAACCCAACCGAUUUUGCUCAAACGGGAUUUUUCGUUGACGCCAAGCAGCAGUACAAUUUCCUUCGAUUGAUUUUAUUCACAAUAACGACGUUCAUGCCGUUUUCCGGAGAGCCAAAAACUCGGGAAAGCAAAUCAUAUUCCUGGUCACUAGAAAGCAUUACGACUAUCAUAACUUUUUCAAAAGUUUGGAGCAGGAAUACGAUGUUCUUACCCAAGAGAUUCAUUUCGAGACAGCUAGAAAUUUGUACCAGAGAGCUGAAACUUGUUCCAACAUUAUUAAUAAAACUAAUGUCAGGCUUGGUGGAUUGAAUUAUGUGGUCAACAGUGAGACUUGGAAUGAUUCUGGAUUGUUGUUGAUUGGACUUUCGACAGCACCUUAUCUCAAUUCGUAUUCUAGUGAAAAUGUCACGACAAUUGGCUUUGUCUCAAACACCAUGGAUCAUCCACAAAAGUUUGCUGGAGGCUACAAAUACGUAAAAUCAGGAAGUGACGUUUUCGGUCAGGUAAUGCCUGAAAUUCUUCUCAAUUCCCUCAGAAGUGCCCGAAAAGCUCGAAAAAUCAAGCCUAUGAACAUUGUUAUUUACUUGUGUGGGAUGAGUGAAAGUCGGUUCAGUAUCGUCAAGGAAGAGUACGUCAGAAAUUGUCAUUCGGUUUUCAAGACGCUCGGAGAAAAAUAUAGUCCCCAGUUGACGAUUAUUGUGGGAUCCAAAGGCCACAGUACGAGACUCUACGCGAGAGGGGAACGAGACCAAAUAUCAAACCUGCAGCCAGGAACCAUUGUUGACUCUGUAAUUGUGUCUCCAGAUUAUAAUAAAUUCUUCCAUUGUGGUGCAGUUGCCCGUCAAGGGACAUGCAAAGCAACGAAAUAUACAGUCUUGUAUCCGGAGUCACCAAAAAUGGAAUGGAUUCAGCGGAUGACUAACGAUCUUUGUUAUAUGCAUGAGAUCGUUUUUCAUCCAGUCAGCCUUCCAGCGCCACUAUACCUUACAGCCGAGAUGGCCGAGCGUGGAACUAAAAAUCUCGCGGAGAAAAAUGGACCUAUCAUCUUCCAAGGAAUCGUUGAUUUUGAUGCGACAAAUGCGAAAUACGGGUACAGAAAUAAAGGCCUCGCCGACACUAGAUUUAACGCAUAA